GAAACUGCAAAUUGUGAGGUUAUGAUUAUAUUCAAAAUUAUUUCAAAAUUCAAAUCAAAAGUUUUUAAAGUACUUACCAACAAUGAACAAGUUCAGACAAUUAUUUGGAAAAAGUCUCUCGGUAAUUGGUAUGGUUCAUGUUAAAGCAUUACCAGGAACCCCUCUAUUUUCGGGAUCGAUAAACAGCAUUGUCAAGAAGGCUUGUGAAGAAACUGAACUAUAUUUAAAACAUGAUGUUGAUGGAAUUCUUGUUGAAAAUAUGCACGAUGUUCCUUAUAUACAAUCUCAGCAUUUUGGUCCUGAAGUCACAGCAACAAUGUCGAGAAUUUGUGCAGAAUUAAGAAGGAUAAUUCCCAAAACAAAAGCCUUCGGAGUGCAGGUGUUGGCUUGUGGAAAUAAAGAGGCACUUGCAAUUGCAAAAGCAUGUUCUAUGGAUUUCAUUAGAGCUGAAGGUUUUGUGUUUAGCCACGUAGCGGACGAAGGAUUUACGGAUGCAAACGCAGGUAACAUUUUGCGGUACAGAAAAAGCAUAGAAGCUGAUAACGUACUUGUUUUUACCGAUAUCAAAAAGAAACAUAGCUCUCACGCAAUAACGAACGAUAUAUCCUUAGUAGAAACUGCCAAAGCUGCCGAUUUCUUUCUUUCCAAUGGUGUGAUUUUAACAGGAACUGCAACAGGACAUGCUGCCGAUAUCAAGGAAUUACAACAGUUAAAAUCAAGUAUCAGCUUACCAGUCUUAAUAGGUUCUGGAGUUACUUAUGAAAACUUGGAGAACUACAAGUCAGCUGAUGCCCUGAUAGUGGGUUCGUAUUUUAAAAAAGAUGGAAAGUGGGAUCAGGAAAUUGACGAAAACAGGUUGAGUAAGUUUAUGGAAAAAAUGAAGAGUUUGUGCUAAAUAUAAAAUUAUGUACACAAAAUAAAGAAUAUUUUUAGUACA